CCGGACUCUUCUUCCUUCGGCAGUGUUAGCCAGUACCAGUCGAUUUUAUUCGACUCCCAUCAGCAAGGAAGGUUUCGAGGACGAUUUAGACAUGGCUCCGAGAUUCGAGCGAGAAGACUACAAGAAGGAACCGUACCACGGUGUGAAGCGCACCGGGACCGAGUUCAAGCGCGGAACUGGAACGACCGGUUCGCGCCCCGGUGGUGGUGGUUACGGUGGAGGUGGUGGUGGUGGCGGCGCCGGCGGCUAUGGAGGCGGCGGUAGUCGCUUCGGUGGGGGCGGUGCAGGAGGCGGCGGGUACCGCAAUAAGUGGGCGGAUGCCGGCGGGAUGACCAAGAUCGAUUGGAGCAAGAUGACGCUGGCCCCGUUCAAGAAAGAUUUCUACCACGAGAACUCGAUCGUGCGCAAUCGCUCCCAGAAGGAGGUGGAUCGCUACCUGGCUAAGCACGAUAUCACGCUGAUCGGCAAGUGCCCGAAACCGAUCACCGAGUUCGACGAGAUCGAAAUACCCGACUACGUCAAGCGGGAGAUCGACCGGCAGGGGUACAAGAGCCCGACGCCGAUCCAGGCGCAGGGCUGGCCGAUCGCGCUCAGCGGACUGAACAUGGUCGGCGUCGCCAAGACCGGUUCGGGCAAAACGCUCGCCUACAUGCUGCCCGCGAUCGUGCACAUUAAUCACCAGAAGCCGGACCCGUCCGUGCGCGGUCCGCUGGUGCUCGUGCUGGCCCCGACCCGCGAGCUGGCGCAGCAGAUCCAACAGGUCGCGACCGAGUUCGGCUCGUCGUCGUACAUUCGCAACACGUGCCUGUUCGGUGGCUCGAGCAAGGGACCGCAGGCGUCGGAUCUGCGCCGCGGCGUCGAGAUCGUGAUCGCCACGCCCGGUCGGCUGAUCGAUUUCCUCGAGUCCGGCACCACGACCCUGCAGCGGGUAACGUACCUGGUGCUGGACGAGGCCGAUCGCAUGCUGGACAUGGGCUUCGAGCCGCAGAUCCGCAAGAUCCUCGACCACGUCCGGCCGGAUCGUCAGAUUCUUAUGUGGUCCGCCACCUGGCCCAAGGAGGUGCAGCGUCUGGCGCGUGAUUUCCUCGGCGACUACGUGCAGAUCAACGUCGGUUCGCUGGAGCUGUCGGCGAAUCACAACAUUACGCAGCACGUGCGCGUUAUUGCCGAGAAGGACAAAAACCCAGAGCUGGGCAAAUUGCUAGAGGAACUGUACCAUGAAGGCAAUCCGGGUAAAAUUCUUAUCUUCACCACCACCAAGCGCCAGUGCGAUCGGAUAAGUAUGCAAAUCAAGCGCUACGGUUAUGACUCGGUAUCGAUGCACGGCGACAAAUCGCAACAGGAGCGCGAACGCGCCCUGGGCCGCUUCCGCAAUUCCAGCUCCUGCAUCCUGGUAGCAACAGAUGUGGCCGCCCGUGGUUUGGACGUGGACGGUAUCAAGGUGGUCAUCAACUAUGACUAUCCGCAGCAGACGGAAGACUACGUGCACCGUAUCGGACGUACCGGGCGCUCGAACGCAACCGGCGUGGCGUACACCUUCUUCACGAUGGCCGAGCGCAAGCAGGCGCGCGAGCUGGUCAACAUCCUGCAGGAAGCCAAGCAGGAGAUACCGUCCGAGCUGUUGCGCUGGAGCCAAACGGCCAGCGGCAGCGGCGGUAGCAACCGGCGCUACGGAACCUUCCGCGGCGGCAACGGCGGCUACGGCGGUGGUUACGGUGGCGGAUAUGGCGGUGGUGGCGGCGGCGGCUAUGGCGGUGGUUAUGGUGGCGCGAAGCGACCGUACGAAAGCAGUAGCAGCAGCUACUCGAAUGGCGGCGGCGGCGGCUAUGGUGGCGCCAGCAGUAGUUACGACUCGCGAUCCACCAAACACACCCGGUUCGACGAUUAAGUGAAGUGUGCGGCGACACGACGCAAGUGUGUGUGGGUGUGUGGAUGUGUGGGACACUCUCUCACACUCACCAACACACGCACGUACACACACUUCGUUGGAUUUUGUUUUAACGUACAAGAAAAGAAACGUGCGCGCGUGGAUCUGUAAAUGCAUUCAUUUGCAAUUAAUUCCUUACGAAUAGAAACUUAAGUUCAGUUUAGGACCCUUUUUUCUGUUGCGCCCUAUAACCCACCCCCUUCCCCCGCCACCGCUCGUUUGUUUCUUCGUGUUCCAGUUCUCUUUAGUUAUUUUUAUGAUUAUUGAUAUAACGCGCUAAUUUUCGUUUUGAAAAUCCCACUCCCGCGCGCCGCCUGUUAUUAUCCGAUAGAGUUACUUUCUUUUAAAUCCACAUGCAUAAUAUUACACAGCAUUAAUGAAUUGGCGUUUUUCAGGCGAGCGCGCCCACACAACCACCCACCACCCACACUUACACAUUUCAUUUGACUCUUUAGUAAAUCGGGUGAUGAUAGUGGUCACAGAAUUAUGUAAAACCUAGGACACCACCCAACCAACAACUCCUACAUUACCUUUACCCCCCUCAUGAGCAUUACUUUCGAUACAGUAUAUGCAGUUAGUAGUGUGUGCGUGUGUAGUAUGUGCGAUGGAAAGAGAGAAGGGGGUACACUUCUUCUGUCCACAGCACACACGCGUCGUAGAAAGAAUCGAAUUUCCAACAUCUCUCCAUCGGUCUCGGUGUAUUGUGUGUACUAAUCACCACCAACAAAUUCAGGUGUGUGUGUGCGUAAUUAAACGACAAACAAAAAAACACAGCAAGAACAAGAAGAGCACACUAUAUUUAGAAGAAAAAAACAAAAGAAACUAUUAUUACUUUCUCUCAGGCAAGCAAAGGUAAAGUAGACCAUCAUAAUGCAGCUCAGUAUAAAGUCGUAAUGUAUGUGUGUGUGCGUGUAUUUCUUAAUAUUAUCAAACAUUUUCUAAAGCGGGAAGUAAGAAAGAGAGAGAUUAGCAGAAGCGCUACUAGCCAACAGAAGCAUAUGCGGAGGUUUUUGUUUUGUACUUCUUUUUUUUUCUUAUAUUACUCUGUGAUAAAUGACUAAAGCGUGUGUGCGUUUUGCCCACUACACCACACACACCUGUAUAACAACAGAAAAUCAUUACAACAAGCGCGCAGCACAUACAAAUUCCGCGCAAAGAUGAUGGCGCGCGCUUGCAGCUGACGAGGAGGAUGUGUCCCACCAAAGGCGCCCCCACCCAUUGGCUUUAUUAAAUUAAGUGCGUUUGUCCCUUACGCGGGGGCAAGAACAAAACGCCGUCUUUAAAAAGCGCACUACCCGCCGGCGCGGGGUGGGACACAUCAUCGGAGUGUUGCGGUUAGGAUAAUAUACCAGCCCCAUCAAGAACAACAUCUGUGCCCGCGCAAGGCUGCUUUUGCAAAGUCCACGUUUUCUCCGCGACUCUCCUUUCGCUAGCUUUGGUGGGAAUAGAGGCUACAUUAGGGAAGGGCUGAAGGAACGGAGGGAGGAUUAUGAGCGUAGAUUCUCUCCGAAGUAAUAGCUCCCCUCCUCCGACGGCCGCCCCAAGUGUAGCCUAAAAUGGAGAAGGAAGGGUUUUUACCACCAUGUUGGUAAACUUUUCUUUUACCAUUGUGUCCACCUCCCGGCUGGAGCAGCAGCGAGAAGAAAAGUGAGGGAAACGCGAACAUUUCUUUUUGAUUUGUAUGAACCCGCAUCAUUUGAUCUACUACUUAGAGAGAGAGGGAGAGAGCCGGAGAGAUACCCCGCCACCCCGGGAACAACAAAACCAUGUCCAAUCGACAAAAGAAAGAUACAAAAAAAUAAAGAUAUUUUAAUUUUAAAACACUAAA